GUGCAUAUCUAUAUCUAUAUAUGCACACACACAUAAAUUUUCAAAAUUUUUGUAUAUUUAUAUAUUUUACUUGGUGUCACUGGGUUCACAUAGGAGUACUUUUCAGAAUAAAGAUCACAAAAUUAUUCUAGGUAAGUGAGUCAGGGCAGACAGGUCAUGAUCUGGCUUGUGCAUGUGGGGAGUGGGGGUGGAUAGGGCUUGGCAUGGCCUAGGACAUGGAAGGUAAGGCAGAACUGGGUAUGUAUAGGAAGUGGGAGAAUCAAAUGAGGCUGAGAGAGUCUGGGAAGAGGGAAGGGCCUUGUAUGUUUGUAUGAGGCAGGGUUAGGUAUGCCUUGGCGUAGUGUAUGGGGCUCACAGGGCUGGGACUGUAAGGUGAGACAGAAUGUGUCCAAGAGGGCAGUCUGGCAGGUGGGGCCUGGAGAGACUGGGUAGGGCAGGCAGGUGGGUGGAGCAUGUCUGAGGUGUGGGGUCAUGCAUGUUUGGGUGGGCUAGGCAGAGGUGGCUUAUUUGGGCCCAUGGUACAGGGCAAGCAGGGUUGCAAGUAUGUCCUGAAGGAUGGGGCAGGGCAGGCUGUAUUGACCAACUGUGAAGGAGUGUAGUGCAGCCUUUUUGGGCAGAUAGGCAGGGCUUUAUGCAUUUCGGUGGGCAAAAUGGGGGUGAGAAGGACCAGCCAGGUGUGUCUGGAUAAAGUGGACAAGCAGGGACAGGUGGUGCCAUUCAGUCCCAGGCAGGUGCAGUGGGACCUGGCCAUGUUGACCAGAAGGUGGGACCAGGAGUGUUGGGACAGGGUAAGUCUGUUUCCACUCAGUGCUGACCCAGAGUCCUCCUCCCAUCAUCACAGGAGCCCUACUUGUAAUUCCUGGUCUCUGGUGAGUUUAGGACACAGGGUGGAUGGGGGAGUGGAGCUAGUGCAAGGGUUUGCCCUUCACACUGCCCACUGCCCAUUCAAUCACAGCUUCCUACUUUGGAAUGCAGAAGUCCAGGCUGUCCCAGAAGUACCAGGUGCUGGCAGUGCCAUUAGCAAUAAAAGAGGCCUCUCAGAUAACAGCCUCACUCCAGCUGUUGUCUGAAAAGGACCUUCCUCAGGGCUGAAACCUAUGCCAGGACAUUUGGAGAGGGGACUUUAGACAAAGCCUGAUAAGUGUAUGGCAGGCCUCUGGGUGGAAAGAAGGGGACAGUGAAGACAGAGAGGGUCAUCAGUUUGGAGAAUGAAGUGAGGCAGUGUCCAAGUAUCAUUUAAGAAACAAGUUGAGAAGACCUGCCAGCAUUUUCCUGGCCUACAGUCCUGGAUGAGUGACACUGAGAAGUUUCCGCUCCUGGAUCCUGCAAUGCAGAAAGCAGCAGUGAAAGUGAAGACAAAGAAGUUGAAUAAAAAGAAAGAGAAGAAGAAGAAGAAGCGAAAGCUCAUGUCAAAGCGUAAACACCAAGAGAAGGCAGAUGCCAAGGAUUUGGCCUCGCUGCGGCAGUGCCUGGGACCUGGCUGUGUGUAUCCUACCCGGCCAGGCUCCAAGUACUGCUCAGAUGAUUGUGGCAUGAAGCUCGCAGCUGACCGCAUCUAUGCGAUUCUGCCCCAGCGCAUCCAGCAGUGGCGGAAGAGCCCCUGUAUUGCUGAGGAGCGUGGCAAGAAAAUGCUUGAGCGCAUCCACCAAGAGCAGCAGGACACUCACACCCGCUUGAAGGACAUGGAGUGCCAUUUCUAUGAACUUGAGGCCAUAAUUCUGCGUGGCAAGCAGCAGCCUGUGUGCAAGGAUGAGGAGAUCAACAAAAGUAACAGGAACAAUGCAAACCUGCAGAUCUUCUGUGUCUCCUGCGGGCAGUCAAUUAACAUGCAUGUCGCCCUGCGCCACAUGGAACACUGUUUUGUCAAGUAUGAAGGCAAGUCGUCCUUCGGGUCCAUGUAUCCCACUUGCAUUGAAGGGGCCACCAGGCUCUUCUGUGAUGUUUACAACCCAAAGAGUAAGAGGUACUGUAAGCGGCUUCAGGUGCUGUGUCCUGAGCACUCGAGAGAUCCCAAGGCAUCAGAUGAUGAGGUGUGCGGUUGCCCACUAGUGCACAAUGUCUUUGAGUUCACUGGUAAUUUCUGUCGCCUACCUAAACGCGUGUGCAACCUCCACUAUUGCUGGGAGAAGCUGAGGCGUGCUGAGGUGGACCUAGAGCGUAUUCGCAUGUUGAACAAGCUGGAAGAGCUACUUGAGCAGGAGCACAAGGUGCGCACAGCUAUGACAAACCGGGCGGGGCUUCUGGCCCUGAUGCUUCACCAGACAGUCCAGCAUGACCCGCUCACCACUGACCUGCGCUCCAAAGCAGACAGCUGAGCCCUGCUUGACUGAGAUCCUGUACCCAACACUCCGUGCAAGGGAGACACUCAAUGAAUUCUUCACACACUAGUUCCUAUAACCACUUUUUUCUUAGGUCAUCUUAGAGUUUCUCUGUGUUUCUCUGUUCGCCAUUUGGUCUCCUGUCUCUGCUUACCCCUGGAUGGGAAGGGGUCCUCAAAAUCGCUCUCUGUUGCCAUCAUUCCCCAUCCCUCUCUCUCUUUCUUCCCUGAAACUUGGCAGGGCCAAGGAUCUGCCCUGCCUUUAUCCCCCACUGUCCAGAAUUUUGUUGACAAACUUUGGAAGAACAAAGGAUAUUAAUAUCCCCUGAGGGCCCUCUAACCUGUGUCUCUGGCCACAAACCCAAUUUCAAACCUCUGAUGGCAGUGGGUGGCAGUGCAACUGUACUUAGGAGGAGGCUGCAGUGCACAUGCAGAGUGGCUGUGAAGUGACACCCACUCAGGGCUCAGUGGGCCCUCUUCUGUCAGGGGAGCUAUGACCUUAUAAAGAAGGCGCCAAUGGCUUUUGUUCCUGGCAGUCCCCUGUUCUAGGCCAUCAGACGUGUAGUUGGCACCUGAUUAGUGCACAGCCCAUUCAUCAACUUCUAUGCAAUCGUUAAUAUUCCCCAGGCCAAAGGUGUUACAAAAAUGGGAUGGGAGAUAGAUGAGUGUAGGAUAAUCUCUCCCUGAUGAUUCCACUUUGGGACACUGAGGAGGAUUCAAGGUAUCAUGGCAGUCACGCCCCUGCCCGUGUUGUUCCACACCUUAUCAUCAUAUGAGGUCCCAGCUCUUUUGUCAGCCUUGGCCCCUGCCAGUCCAGUCCUGGUCUGUCUCCCCCAGCACUUCCUAUCACAUCCUCUCCUGCUCCCUCCACCACACUGCUCUGGGUCUGUCCUUUCCAGCCUGCCCUGUACAUUGAAGCCCCUUGUGGUCAUGACCAUUUCACACCUAUAGAGUUGCCAGAGGAAGACUGAGACCUCUGCCAUAUCUGCCUUUGUCAGCCCCAGCCAGGUCUCCUGUGGAGGUGUGUCCGAUAAUGCUGCCUGUGGGUACUGGUAUGUUUGAAAUGAGAGACUUGAACACUUUUCUUAACUUUUCUCUACUCACUGGUCCCUUAUGAUUUUUUUCAUUAAUCUUCAUAAUUCCUUUUUUCCAGGGACUCACACAUUUCACUUAAAUGGUUAGGUAUGUUGCUCUUGACUUAUACCUAAUAGUCCCCCAUAGUUAGUUUAUAUUACUACCUAACCUCAUGUAAUGUCUCCCCUUUAAAUUACUAAUUAGUGCACUUUUAUACUUCUCUUGAUCAGAUUUUCCAGGGGCUAAGCCACAUAAUUAAUUGAUUAUUUGAAAGAACUGGCUUUUUAAUUUAUUCAUAUUCCUUAUUAUAUUUAUUUUAUUUAU